AUGAGUUUUUUUGGUGGGUGGUGAUGAGUCCUUGUGCGUCAGCCGGUGGCGUCACUCCUGCCCGGUCCUAAAACUGUCAGCGCCUUCCUCUCACCUGGACUGACACGCACCACUGAAGGCCGGCCAGGAGCUCGUUUUCGGCCGCACCAAAAGGUCAGAGCUGCUUCCUCCGUCUUCCUCCGCUGAAUCUUUUAGGCCACACCGCGUCUUUUAUGACUCUGGCAAAUUAUUCCUACUUCUCUGGCAUGAUGUGCAACAUGAGCGCAGAGCCGUCGCCAGCAGAGGCCAGCCCUGUGGUCAUGUCUCCACACAUGGGUCUGGACUCUCCGCUGCCUCCGGCGCCUCUGACGCUGCAGGCCCGGCCCAAGGACAACGUUCUGAUCAAGUCUGAGCCCCGGGGGGGCAGCCCCGGCACGGAGGACGGAGGCGCUCCGGGUCAGACCGAGGAGCACCUGCCGGCCGGGAGCCGCCGCAGGAAGAGGCCGGUCCAGAGGGGCAAACCCCCCUACAGCUACAUCGCGCUCAUCGCCAUGGCCAUCGCCAACUCCCCGGAGAGGAAGCUCACCCUGGGGGGCAUUUACAAGUUCAUCAUGGAGCGCUUCUCUUUCUACAGGGAGAACUCCAAGAAGUGGCAGAACUCCAUCCGACACAACCUGACCCUGAACGACUGCUUUGUGAAGAUCCCCAGGGAGCCCGGCAGACCCGGGAAGGGCAACUACUGGACCCUGGACCCGGCGGCGGAGGACAUGUUUGAUAACGGGAGCUUCCUGAGGAGACGGAAGAGGUUCAAGCGCACGGAUGUGAGCACCUACCCCGGUUAUAUGCAGAGCUCCAGCGCCUUUACCCCCACACCGAUGGGCCGGCCGCCGUACCCCAACACCCUGUACGCGGGGAUCGGCUCAGGCUACGGGUCCCAGCUGACAGCCGCGUCCCCGCACCCGGCCAUGAUGCACCACUACCAGACCCCCUCCUCCGGGGUGGGCCAGGGAGGACAGCCGCGCAUGUUCAGCAUCGACAACCUCAUCAGCCAGCAGACAGGGGGGGUGCAGCAGGGCGCGGACCUGAACCCUCAAACCCUGGGUCUGGCCGAGUUGGGCGCGAUGACCCCCAGCUGCGCAGUGACCGGGCCCGAGUCGUGCUUCCAGAACCAAACUGUCAACCCGAACAUGCUGGGCAGAAACAACCUGACCUCCGGRUACCAGUACUCCUCCUCCUCCUCCUCGGCCUCCCCUCCGAGCCUGCCCUCCUCCUUGAGCCAGGCCGGCUUCUCCCCGGGGGGCUCGCAGGUGUACUGCCCGGGGAACCGGCUGUCCCUGCCGGGCCUGCGCCACGGCGCGUGCUCGGAGCACCCGGAGCAGCUGCUGGGCCUGUCCGCCCCCAUGAACUCCUACAACAACAGCUACAUGAGGCAGGGCAGCUUCGGCUCAGGCCUGGACAGGUACAUGUGACUCUGACUGCUGACUUUAACAUUCACACAGAACACAUCCAUCUGGUUUCUCCUCAGAGGAAAACGGUCCUUUUUCAACUUAAAGCCAUGUCGACACAUUUCACACAGUCCACCACGUGUUCCUGUUUUAUUUACAACUUGUUUUUAUCUUUACAUGUUGUGUGUGUUUUUUUAGUUUUGAUAUUU